AUGCCUUAUUACUCUGCAAUUUUCCGAGGACAUAUCAGACCUAACGCCGUCUUUGGUGCUGCCUCCAUGUUUAUUCAACAUAAUUCCGUUCAGCUUUAUCGGAGCCAUAAAUUGUUGUUAAGACCAUCGUCUUUAGUUAGGUCUCUUCAUUGUCGGAGGUCUAGGGUCUUGUCUGUGAGAGCAGGUCGUGGCGAUGGUUCUUCUUCUUCGACUCUUGGGUUAGAGUGGAGAACAUCAAAUUUACCUUAUUUUCAGAAACAAAGCUCUGGUUAUGGAAGAAUUGCUUACAACGAAUAUGAAUCUAGUGAUGAGUCUGACCAUGAUGUUGGGUCUUCUUCUCGGUCUCAACAAAUGGCGGGUUCGACUCUUGAUAACAUUGAUCAAUGGAGAUUUAAACUUACUAUGCUUCUACGGAACAAAGAAGACCAAGAAGUUGUGUCAAGGGAGAGGAAAGAUAGGCGUGAUUUUGAUCAUAUCUCUGCAAUGGCUACUAGAAUGGGAUUACACAGCCGUCAGUAUUCGAAGAUUGUUGUCAUUAGCAAAGCUCCUUUGCCAAAUUAUAGACCUGAUCUUGAUGAUAAGCGUCCACAAAGAGAGGUGGUUUUGCCUUUUGGCCUACAAAGUGAAGUAGAUGCGCAUCUACAUGCUUUCCUCGAUCAGAAAAAAAUAACGAUUCCGGAGAUGCCCAAUCAAAAUAGUAAUGAAAGUUUUGCAACUGAUUAUGGAAACUAUGAGAAACCAGAGACAGUGAUGCAGAAUAGUCUAGCCAGGGAAAGAAUACUCCGUCCUAGAAGUUUGCAAUUGAGGAGCAAGCAACAGCAAUGGGUGGAAUCUCCAGAAGGCCAGAAAAUGGUAGAGUUUCGGAAAACCCUUCCUGCAUACAAAGAGAAAGAGGCACUAUUGAAAGCCAUUUCAGCAAACCAGGUCAUAGUGGUUUCGGGAGAAACUGGUUGUGGUAAAACAACGCAGCUUCCCCAGUACAUAUUAGAAUCUGAGAUCGAGGCUGCACGUGGAGCUGCAUGCAGCAUCAUCUGUACCCAGCCUAGAAGAAUAUCUGCUAUUUCUGUUUCAGAACGGGUUGCUUCAGAACGUGGAGAGCAAAUAGGAGAAUCCGUUGGCUACAAAGUGCGUCUUGAAGGAAUGAGGGGGAGAGACACACGUCUGCUGUUUUGUACUACUGGUGUUUUACUUAGAAGGUUACUUGUGGAUCGUAGCCUGAAAGGUGUGACUCAUGUAGUUGUUGAUGAGAUUCAUGAACGUGGGAUGAAUGAAGAUUUCCUGCUUAUUGUCCUGAAAGAUCUCUUACCUCGUCGACCUGACCUAAAGCUGAUUUUAAUGAGUGCUACUUUGAACGCGGAUCUCUUUUCUUCUUAUUUUGGAGGUGCACCAGCCAUGCAUAUUCCAGGUUUUACAUACCCUGUCCGAGCCCAUUUUUUGGAGGAUUUUCUUGAGACUACUGGGUACAGGCUGACAGCAUAUAAUCAAAUUGACGAUUAUGGUGAGGAAAAGACAUGGAAGAUGCAAAAACAAGCUCAGUUCAAAAAAAGAAAAUCUCAGAUCUCCUCUGCUGUUGAGGAUGCUCUUGAAGCUGCAGACUUCAAAGGAUACAACUAUCGUACUAGAGAUUCUUUGGCAUGCUGGAGUCCUGAUUCCAUAGGCUUUAAUCUUAUUGAGAAUGUGCUUUGUCACAUUGUUAAAGGAGAGAGACCUGGUGCUGUUUUGGUAUUCAUGACCGGUUGGGAUGAUAUAAACUCCUUGAAGAAUCAGCUCGAAGCUCAUCAUCUUCUAGGAGACCCCAACAAAGUUUUGUUGCUUGCCUGUCAUGGAUCCAUGGCCAGCUCUGAGCAGAGGCUGAUUUUUGAAAGACCUCCAGAAGGAAUUAGGAAAAUAGUGCUGGCCACCAAUAUGGCUGAGACAAGUAUCACUAUCAAUGAUGUUGUAUUUGUGCUUGAUUGUGGUAAAGCAAAAGAGACGUCUUAUGAUGCGCUUAACAAUACCCCUUGUCUGCUUCCAUCUUGGAUUUCGAAGGCAGCUGCUCGCCAAAGAAGAGGAAGAGCUGGUCGUGUUAUGCCUGGAGAAUGUUAUCACCUUUAUCCUAGAUGUGUCUAUGAGGCUUUUGCUGACUACCAGCAGCCAGAACUCCUAAGGACUCCGUUGCAGUCUCUAUGUCUACAAAUUAAAAGCUUAAGACUUGGAAGCAUUUCCGAAUUUCUUUCCAGGGCGUUGCAACCUCCUGAAGCUUUAUCGGUCCAAAAUGCUGUUGAGUAUCUAACGACUAUUGGUGCUCUUGAUGACAACGAAAAUUUAACUGCUUUAGGGAGAAACUUGUCAGUGCUUCCUGUGGAGCCUAAACUUGGAAAAAUGCUUAUUUUAGGAGCUAUUUUCAACUGUCUAGAUCCAAUAAUGACAGUUGUUGCUGGUCUUAGUGUCAGGGACCCAUUCCUUAUGCCAUUUGACAAAAAGGAUCUAGCUGAAUCAGCAAAGUCCAAGUUCUCUGCCCAUGAUUUCAGUGAUCAUUUGACAUUGGUUCGAGCAUACAGUGGUUGGAAAGAAGCUGAAAGACGACAUGCUGGUCACGAGUAUUGCUGGAAGAACUUUCUCUCUGCCCAAACUCUUAAGGCCAUGGACUCUAUGCGGAAACAAUUCUUCUUUCUCCUCAAAGAGGCUUCUCUGAUUGAUAACAUUGAAGGUUGCAGUAAUCUUAGUCAUGAUGAACAUCUUGUCCGUGGAAUCAUCUGUGCUGGCCUGUUCCCUGGAAUUUCUUCUGUUGUUAAUAAGGAGAAGUCAAUUACACUCAAGACAAUGGAGGAUGGGCAAGUGCUUCUAUACUCAAGUUCUGUGAAUGGCAAUGUACCAAGGAUUCCCUUCCCAUGGCUAGUCUUCAAUGAAAAAAUCAAAGUCAAUUCUGUGUUUUUGCGAGACUCCACUGCUGUAUCUGACUCGGUGCUUCUUUUGUUUGGAGAUAAAAUCUCUUCUGGUGGAUUUGAUGGUCAUCUCAAAAUGCUGGGAGGGUAUCUAGAAUUUUUCAUGAAACCUACCUUAGCAUAUACAUACCUUUCGUUAAAAAGAGAGCUCGACGAACUUAUUCAGAAUAAGCUUGUAAAUCCAAAACUUGAUAUUCAACUAUACGACAAACUUAUGACAGCCAUUAGAUUACUUGUGUCUGAGGACCAAUGUGAAGGCAGAUUCGUCUUUGGCCGAAAAGCUCUAAUCCCUACACCGGCAAAGAAGUUGAAAGCAGUAGGGACUCAGCUGCAGAACAGCAGCGGGGAAAAUGACAAGAACCAACUUCAGACAUUGCUUGCCCGAGCAGGACACGGAACACCUGUGUAUAAGAUAAGAGAGCUUAAGAAUAACCAGUUUCGCGCUAUGGUUACUUUCAAUGGAUUGGAUUUCAUGGGAAAGCCAUGUGGUAGUAAGAAAAAUGCAGAGAAAGAUGCAGCUCGUGAAGCUUUGUUGUGGCUACAGGGCGAGUCCAAGUCGAGUUUGAAUGAUCUUAACCACAUGUCAACGCUCUUAAAGAAGAACAAAAGUAAAAAAACCACAAGGGCGUCAGCUAAAUGGGGUUAA